AUUGUGGGUAAGACGUUGAUAGGCCGCCAUAUCUGUCUCACACCGGCUGAAGGAGAGAGUCGGGAGUCAUGCGACGAAUCCAGGCUCUAAACAAUCUCUCCAAACGCUGCUAUGCAGCUGCCCGGAGGAGUAACACACUGACUCAGCCUUUGGCCGGAAGCAAAGCGCCCUUGCCUGUGCCGCUCCCUCCUCAAAAUGUCCAGGUGUCCAAGCUGCCAAAUGGUCUGGUUGUGGCGUCACUGGAGAACUACUCUCCUGUUUCUAGCAUUGGUGUUUUUGUGAAAGCUGGGAGUCGCUAUGAGACAGCUGGUAGCCACGGUGUCUCUCAUGUGCUUCGACUGGCAGCAAACCUGACAACAAAAGGAGCAUCAGCCUUCAAGAUCUGUCGUGGGAUUGAAGCCCUUGGAGGGAGUCUGAGUGUGACGUCAUCAAGAGAAACUAUGGUCUACACUGCAGACUGUCUGAGGGAUAAUCUAGCUGAGAUUUUGGGAUAUUUGGCCAAUGUGACCUCGGCUCAAGAGUUCAGACCCUGGGAGGUUGAGGAUCUAGUGUCCAGGGUGAAGAUUGACAAGGCGCUUGCGAAGGAGUGUCCUCAGAUUGGUGUAGUUGAAAAGCUGCAUGAGGCAGCAUAUAAAACUGGCCUUGCCAACUCACUCUACUGCCCGGAUUACAUGGUCGGCCGCAUCUCCUCUGAAAAACUGGAGUCAUUUGUGCAGGAUAAUUUUACUUCCGGCAGAAUGGCUCUAGUUGGACUCGGUGUGGACCACGCUGCCUUGAGGCAGGUGGGUGAGAGUCUCCUGAGUGUCCGCACCGGUCCUGGAGCCAGUGCCGAUAAGGCGGUGUACCGUGGAGGUGAGCUCCGGAUGCAGAACAGCGACGACCUGGUGCACGCUCUGAUCGCUGUCGAAGGUGGGGUGUCGGGAAGCGCCGAGGCUAACGCUUUCAGCGUGCUGCAAAGAAUUCUGGGAGCUGGCCCUCACGUGAAGAGGGGUGCGAACACCACCAGUAAACUGAGUCAGGGUAUUGCCAAAGCUACCGCCGAGCCGUUCGAUGCGUCUGCUUUCCACUCGUCGUACUCUGACUCAGGCCUUUUUGGUGUCUACGCUAUUUCUCAGGCUCACUGUGCAGGGGAGGUGAUCAAAGCAGCUGUGGCUCAAGUGCGAGGGGUUGCGGAAGGGAAUGUUUCGGAAGCUGAUGUCGCCAGAGCCAAGGUUCAGGUGAAGUCUGAAUACCUGAUGUCCCUGGAGUGCUCUGAGGGCCUUUUGGAGGAGAUAGGCACUCAAGCUUUGAUGACAGCAACCUACCAGGCUCCCGAAACCUUCCUCCAGGCUGUGGACUCCAUCUCCAAGGAGGAUGUGGUGACGGCUGCGAAAAAGUUCACUGACGGUAAAAAGACCAUGGCGGCAAGCGGACACCUCAUCAACACACCAUUUGUGGAUGAAGUAUGAGCCCUGCAGAUGUGGGAUCAGCCUUUUUUUUUAAAUGUCGAAACAAUACGUCUGGCUGCUUGUGACGACAGAAACACCCAGACACAACCGGCCUUUUCAACCCCGAUCAUUGUUUUCCGUCAUGCAGUCGAGUAACACGCCAGCGGGAGCUCAAGAAUAAAAAGCAAUGCGCUGCUGUUUCCAUGUCCACUCAUCUGUAUAUCUCUGUAAAUUAAAGACUGUAAUAUCACUUUGUUGUCGUUUAUAGCUGUAUCGCCUCUGCGGAAUGCCAUUUCUGUAUUCAAGCAGUAGGGGGAGUCAAAUACAAAAAAAUCAGAAUUACUAUAUGGACGACCUUGUAUUUUCUUUAAACUCCCAUAAAAGACAAAUGGAAAUUAGUGCCAAUUCUAUAACAUUGCAGAAUGUUUGGCGUUUAAUUGAAUUAAUAUGUGAAUUGUUAAUAUUGCUGUUCUACUUUGUCCUUACCAUGUUGUAGUUUACUUGGAGCAACGUACUGUGAUGUACUGCACACAUGAGAAACGACGGGUCUUCCCAAAUAUUCUGCUAUAAAUAUUUAUAGAAGAAAAUCUGUGACAGACUUUUUACAGGGACAUAUUUCUACGCCAUGUUAAGUGACCUCUGAUGGGAACCAUUGCUUCAAAUUCAGGGGUGACCACCCAACUUUACCCUAAACUGCUGC